AUGGUCCUCGACUACAGCAAGUGGGAUCAGCUGGAGCUUUCCGAUGAUUCGGAUGUCGAGGUUCACCCCAAUGUCGACAAGCGCUCAUUCAUCCGCGCCAAGCAGGCCCAGAUCCAUCAGCAACGUGAACAACGCCGCCACGAUAUCAAGACACUGAAGUACGAGCGCAUUAUCAAUGACGGUCUACUUUUACGCAUCGAUAAGCUCCUCGAAACUCUCAAGAAGCAUGAAGACACAUCUGCCUCCCCCGAUCAGUUCCUCUUCGAGACCAUCAUGGAGUUCGCCAGCAAGCCCGCGGAGGACCAAGCCCCACCCCCACCGGAGGGGGUUCAUACACACGAGAAGGAGCAGCCAAAAUACUCCCAGAUGAUGGGUGCUCUUGUGGACCAGGUCAAGCAGGAGUUUGAGGACUCCAAACCCGACAAUCUAGUCAAGGCAUAUAUUCAAGGUGUGACGGGACACAAGACUAAGGUGCAGGAUCUGCAGAAGGAACUGUUGACAAAGCUUGCUGAGCUUGAGAAGGAGGAGGGAAGCAAGAUUACCAGUGAUACACUGCACGAAGGCUUCAAUACUUCCCAUGUCGCCAAGGCUGCAGAGAAGGAAAAGGCCGCCGCUUCGGGAAAGCAGAAAGAGGUUGAGUUGCUCAAUCCCGCCUCGUCGAGCCAAGCUUCCAGCGGUGCGGCCGACUAUGACGACGAUGACGACCCUGCGAAUGUUGAGAUCAGUGAGCUGGCCAAAAAGUUUGCUGCUCUCAAGCCCAAUGACUACAACUCUUACCUGUCAUUUAUCUCUGCCAAUCCUCAAAUUGUCGCCGAGAAGGAGACGGAUGGUCUUCUUGUUGAGGCUUUCAACAGCCAAAUCAAGGGCGAUGAGGCAUAUGCCCGUCAAUGUGUUCAUCAAGGACUGCUCCUGCAGUAUUGCCGAUCCCUCGGCCCUGAUGGUAUCAAGCUUUUCUUUACUCGCAUCACCACGCAGGCCCACCGUGCCUCCACUCUCUUCAACAACGAUGUCAACGAUACCUAUAACCGUAUCAAGACCCGUGCAGUAGAACUCAGCAAGGAUAGCUCCGCAUCCAACGAUCCUGCUGGUGUGGAACAGAUCCAACUGCACGCCGUUGAUCCCAACACUAAAAUCACUAUCAACCUCCCCGCUGCCAACAGUCAAGACCCCACAGAAGUCGAAGCGCGUAAGAUCUUCGAUGCUUUCCCUGCAAACCUACAGAAGGCGUUGGCCAGUGAGUCACUAGACGAAGUGAACAAGGUCCUCGGCAACAUGUCAGUCGAUGAUGCAGAGGUUGUCGUUGAGCAACUGGGAAAUGGCGGCAUGCUCAGUCUUGAGGAGGGCAUCAUUGACAGCACCACGGAAGAAGGCCAGAAGAAGCUGAAGGAGCUUGAAGCCGAGGGCAAAGAAGAUGUCGGAGAGCCGGGCGGCGAUGUUACGGAGUUGGAUUGA